AUGGCCUAUGCGACUGAUGCUGCGCGGUGGCGAGCCCUCACAGUAAGGGACGCGGACGCAAAUGGACACUUCAUCUAUUCCGUCAAAUCGACACGAAUCUACUGUCGGCCAACAUGUCCGGGACGACUGGCACGUAGGGCAAACGUCGGCUUCUAUGCGACACCAUUGGAGGCUGAGGCAGCUGGUUACAGAGCCUGCAAGAGGUGCAAACCCAACACUGUACUUGAGGAUCCACAGGAGCGAGCAGUGGAGAAAGCAUGUAUAUUGAUCGACGAAGCCUUGAAGAAUGAGGACCCCAGUUCACUAAGGCUGCAAGACCUUGCUAAGAAGGUCAACCUCACGCCGCGGUACUUUCACAAGAUCUUCAAGGACAAGACAGGCUCUACGCCAAAGGAAUACGCAAAGAAGAUAGCGAUCGAGCGCACCAGCCCCAGCACCAUAUCCACCUCAACGACAACCGCAGAUGGAGGCAACCAAUCGCAGAAUUGGGAUACAUUCGACUUCAAUGACCUAGUUGGUGUGGGUACAGACUCAAGUCCCCUAAACAUGAAUGAUUUUACUGUGCCCGAAGGGCAUUCGUCUAUGAUCCAUCACGAUCUCGACUUCGACAUGAGCAAUUUCCUUGAGUCUUGGGGCGACAGCUAUGCGUUCGACCAAUCUGUUUCAUGGGUUUCUGAGUCCUUCUUGGAAAUGCCAAUCACGACGGACUUCUACAAGAAGGCAGAACCAUCUGUGUCAACACUUGAGCUGGAUGCUGCUGCGUUGCUCGACAGCAGUAGCACGACUAGUAGUCUGCAAACCUAG